AUGAUCGACAUGACGUUGAGUAUGUUCAACCGAAGAAAAUUCGUUGGCGUGUGGAAUACCCUUCAAAACGUUGACGAGAGAUUUCCAGUGGCCUGUUCACUUGGGCUGAGGAAAACGAAAUUUGUCAUGUGGACGAUGAUUACUCUGUCGACCAGUGUCUGGUUGUGCGUCAGCCAAGCCGGAAUUCAAGCUUUUGCUGAGCCGUACCUCCGAAAUGUGUCUUAUCUCAUUGCCUACGUCGGUAGUUACAUGUCCGUUUUGAAGUUUUGUGGUAUGGUAUAUCUUUUCAAUCGACGCUUCAAUUACCUCGAGGAUGUUAUUUGUGAACAAGUUCGACUUGUUCAAGAGGAGAAACUUUCAAAAGAUAAAUUGCGCGGGUUAAUCACCGUGGCAGAGGGACAGGAUUUAGUUAUUUCUCUUUUCGAAUGGCGGAAACAAGUUUAUCAACACACCACUCAAAAAACAUUUUAUCUAACUCUGUAUCAUUUAAAACAAAAAAUUAUGUUUACUGGAGCUGGUUGCUUUCAUGUACAUUUACCAUUGCUAACGAAGAUCACCCACUAUAUUACAACUUUUGUGGUUAUUCUUGUACAGUUAGUAAGGGAUCUCGAAAAGUAA